CCAAGGGCUGAGAUGUUUCUGAGAAUCUAGUGAUUUCCCAGAAACAACUGUCUGUGCAAGUAGCUGAAGGGGUGGGGUGAGGUAGGCAAGGAAGAGGAGCAUUUCUGGAAAAGGAAAGCGAAAGAACGCUGGGAGGAGUAUUAAAGACCACCCCUGGCCAUUCUCAGCUGCUCAUCUGCCCCGUGUGUCUGGUGGCCACCUUCUCUGUGUCUCCAACAACCAGGUGUUUAUCAUCUUGAGUAAUAGCGGUGACGCUAGGUCCUGGAAGAUGGCAGAUAUGCCCAAUGGUGAACCCUGCGCUUCUCCACUGGAGCUAUUCAACAGCAUUGCUGCUCAAGGGGAGCUCGUGAGGAACCUGAAAGCUGGAAAGGCAUCAAAAGAUGAAAUUGAUUCUGCAGUGAAGAUGUUGCUGUCAUUAAAAAUGAGCUACAAAGCCGCCAUGGGGGAAGAUUACAAGGCUGACUGCCCUCCAGGCAACAACCCAUCGGCUGAAAGUAACAGUGGUCCAGAUGCCACAGAAGCUGGAGAAGAUUUUGUGGACCCCUGGACAGUACGGACAAGUAGUGCAAAAGGCAUCGACUAUGACAAGCUCAUUGUUCAGUUUGGCAGCAGUAAAAUUGACAAGGAGCUGAUAAACCGAAUUGAGAGAGCCACGGGCCAGAGACCACACCACUUCCUGCGCAGAGGCAUCUUCUUCUCACACAGGGAUAUGAAUCAAGUCCUUGAUGCCUAUGAAAAUAAGAAGCCAUUUUAUCUGUACACGGGCAGGGGCCCCUCUUCUGAAGCAAUGCAUGUUGGUCAUCUCAUCCCAUUUAUUUUCACAAAGUGGCUGCAGGAUGUAUUCAAUGUGCCCUUGGUUGUCCAGAUGUCUGAUGAUGAGAAGUACCUGUGGAAGGACCUGACGCUGGACCAGGCAUACAGCUACACCCUGGAGAAUGCCAAGGACAUCAUCGCCUGUGGCUUUGAUGUCAACAAAACUUUCAUCUUUUCUGACCUGGAAUAUAUGGGGCAGAGCCCAGGCUUCUAUAAGAAUGUGGUGAAGAUUCAGAAGCACGUCACCUUCAACCAAGUGAAAGGCAUUUUCGGCUUCACAGACAGCGACUGCAUUGGGAAGAUCAGUUUUCCUGCGGUGCAGGCCGCUCCCUCCUUCAGCAACUCAUUCCCCCAGAUCUUCCGAGACCGGGCGGACAUCCAGUGCCUCAUCCCCUGUGCCAUUGACCAGGACCCUUACUUUAGGAUGACAAGGGACGUCGCCCCCAGGAUCAACUAUCCUAAACCAGCCCUGCUGCAUUCGACCUUCUUCCCAGCCCUGCAGGGCGCCCAGACCAAGAUGAGUGCCAGCGACCCCAACUCUUCCAUCUUCCUCACUGACACUGCCAAGCAGAUCAAGACCAAGGUCAACAAGCAUGCAUUUUCCGGAGGAAGAGACACCGUGGAGGAACACAGGCAGUUUGGGGGCAAUUGUGACGUGGAUGUGUCUUUCAUGUACCUGACCUUCUUCCUGGAGGAUGACGACAAACUGGAACAGAUCAGAAAGGAUUACACCAGUGGAGCCAUGCUCACCGGCGAGCUCAAGAAGACGCUGAUAGAUGUCCUGCAGCCCCUCAUCGCUGAGCACCAGGCCCGGCGCAAGGAGGUCACCGACGAGAUGGUGAAAGAGUUCAUGACGCCCCGGCAGCUGUCCUUCCAUUUUCAGUAACACUUACUUUCUGUUUGCAUAUCACUAUGCGUAAUUCCUCUGUAAUCCCAGCCCCACUGAAUCACACUCCCGUAGGCUUCUGUCACGCAGUAAUUGCUGGGCUGGGUCUGUGAGCCCAUGUGUGUCCUGGAUUCUGUUUGUCCCAAUGAUGUCUGUUUUUCCUGACUGUGAGCAAGCGCUGGGGGUGAUCAGGUGCUUCUGGCAUUGUGUGGUCAGAUAGAAAACCCAGCUGUGAGUCUCUCCCACCAAGAGCCCAGGCUGAAGCCUCUGUGGCCCACAAAGCCUAUUUACCUGGGAUCAGCCUAGGUUCCAGAUAGACUCCCAACAUCUACUCUGUAGAGAGAUGUGUUCUAAGCCGGAUGUGGUGGUUCGUGUCUAUAAUCCCAGCAGGAGACUGACUAGAAGAUCAAGAGUUCCAGGCCAGCCUGGGCUCCCUAAUAAAGUAUUCUAUAUAUGCAUACAUGGAACCAAAAUGUCAUUGUUGUAAAACUUAAAAGUGAAAAAUUCAUGUCAGAAAGCUUAAUAAGCAAACAGUGAGUUUCAUCUCAUGCACCCCCCAAAAAUAAAAUCAAAUAGAAUUGAUAGCUUCUGCUUUAUACUUGGCAAGAAACUACCUUGCUUUGGGCAGAUACUUAGCACGUCUAAGGUUCUGGCUUCCAUCCCCAGCAUCACAAAGAAAAGACACCACCCGGCAUCAACACUACUAGCCUGAGUCUUGUGGGGGAGACUUUCCAGUUGACUUAACACUCUAGGAAUCUCUCUCGUGGCCCUUCGCAUACUAACUUCCCGCCAGACCCCGCCCUUCAUGUCCAAUCAACCUAAUGGCGCCCUCCCACUCCAGCCUCUGAGUCGCUAAGGACACUCCGUUGCUUUUGCAGAUCCUUUUGUUUUGACCCUUGACUGAAGUGGAAGUCAGCACAGAGCAGUGCCCUGGUCUCGCCCUGGGCUGGUGGCUGUAGCUAGAGAGAAAAGCUCAGGUGGAGCCCUCCCCGCCCUGGCGUUUUCCCUGUGGGUGGGCCACGUCUAAUCACGGGCCACGUGUAGUCUUGACCAAGCAGAAGCCAUAUCUCAGGGAAAGCCCCUGAUCAAAUUGACCGCUCUCUGAAGGCACAGGGUCCAUUCUCAAGUGCUCUUCCCUCAUGCUGCUGACGGGCAGAAUAAACUUCUGUGCUCCUGUCCGUG